AUGACAGGCCGAGUGAAAGGAUUUGUGGGUAAAGUAUGUGAAGUAAACCCUAGCUUACGAACUGAACAUCGUCUCAGUAACUGUGUAACCCUUGUUGCAACAUUGUCUCAAAACAAAAAUAUUGUGACUAGUAUUAAUAAUAUUCAAGGGUUUAUUAAUAAGUUAAAUUUGUGGAUAAAGACAAUUAAAAAUGGAUCAAAUUUGGCCUGGAUUCGUGACCCAUUCGUGGAUUCAAAAAAUAUUCCAAUUAAUUUAGAUUUAGGCUUACAAAUAGAACUGACAGAUUUGAAAGCAGACAGAGCAUUGGAAUCAACAUUUUCGAAGUUCCUGCGGAUUUGGUUGUCAAUAGGCUGUGAAUACUCAGCUAUAUCUGAGAAAGCACUUAAUGUGUUACCAGCAUUUUCAACUACAUAUUUGUGUGAACUGAGCUUCUCAAUGUUGACUGAAAUUAAAACAUCAGAGAGAGAGAGAGAGAGAGAUUUAAACCCAUCAGUGAUGAAAUGGAAGAUUUCGCCACAAAUCAGUUGUCAAUAUUCAUACGAUAUUGAGGGCUUAACCAUGUUGGUUGUUGCUUAG